AUGGGGAUACAUUGUUUAUUCCCUUUCUUAAAACAUUACCAUAAAAGAAUAAACUUAACUGACUUUUCGGGCAAAAUAGCGGCAAUAGAUGCUUCCUGUUGGAUUCACAAGGCCUUGGUUUUAUCCAUAUCUCAAACUGGAAAUCGUUCAAGGUGAGAACUUGCAGUGACAAUUUUGAGUUUAAAAAACAGUCGAUCAUACUAUAGUCACGGUGUUUCUAUAUUUCAGGUUGGCUGAUAUUUUCGAGAAGCAUUUGUCAGUGGUUAGAAGAGCAGGAGUGACUCCUUAUAUUGUAUUUGAUGGACUUCCAUUGCCUGCAAAAGCGAGUGAAGUCGAGAAAAGGCAGAGGUGAUUGAAGCAACUUUAUACAUAGUUUUAUAGCAACGUUUGCAACCAAGAUUUUACUUUGAUAUAUUAUUAUAUUCACAUUUUAUAACUGAACUGACAGAUAAAUAUUUUCCCUUACAGAGGCCGAGAAGAAUGUUUGCUGAAAUCAGAAAGAGAAGGAAUUACUCCCCAAGAGGCCAACAAACUUCGAAGCCAAGCUGUUUCAAUCUCUUUCAAUGAUAUUUCAACUUGUGUAAACGUGAGUUCCCGUGGUGAAUAUCAGCCUAUUUUAACUAUAAUAUUAACAUAGAAAUAAAUUUUAAUAUACAACAUGUGGAAUAAAUUCACUAGCCAAGUACAUCAAAUCUGUUUAGAUUUGUUUAAAAGAAAAGGUGUCAUAUGUUGUCUCGCCCUAUGAAUCAGAUGCACAAAUGGCUUUUUUGCUUGAGACAAAUGUUGCAGAUUUUGCUAUUACAGAGGACUCUGAUCUUUUAGCUUAUGGCUGCAAAGAGGUUUGUUUAUUUUAUAUGCUAUAAAAAUUCCCUGAGGGAAUUGGUAAUUUAAUUUGGACCCGAUUUGACUAGCUCAUUUCUGUAUUUUGUGUUCCAAGUGACAAUUAUGAAGUGGAUCCGACAUUCUGACUAUGUUGAAUGAGUCCCCAAGAAGAAGUACCAUACAAACAUUGAGGGCCCUAGGGGGGGGGGGGAGUUGACACUUCAAAAUUGUGUCAAAACAUCAAUGGGUCAUUUCAGACACAUACACACUUCCCCAAACUGAGGAAAUUAAUCUCCCAACCACCAUCAUGGGAGUUGGGGGAACCAAAAUUGUUUCUGAUACUGGGUAAUAGAUAGCAGAUUAGGACAUCCAAAGCGGGUUAAUUAAGGGAAGUAUUAUAUUAUAUUUGAUGGCAAAAUUGUUUAACUUUAAAUCAGAAUCAUGUCAAUUAAUCCAAUAUUAAACUGCUCCCACAAUUUUGCUAUAUUGCUAUGUUUUUUUUAGGUGAUUGUGAAGCUCUGCCUGAGUGGUGAAGGCUGUUAUUUGAGUCUGACCAACAUACUGGAAGGAUUGAAGCUAAAUUUCGAACAGUUCCAGAGUUUAUGUAUUUUAGCUGGGUGUGAUUACCUAAAAAACGUCCGUGGUGUUGGUAUCCAUACUGCAUACAAAUUAAUAUGUUCCAAAGAUGAUUUGUUCCACACACUAGAAAAAAGAGGUGCACCAGCUGAUUAUAAGGAAUGUUUUGCUAAUGCCAUGUCAGUAUUUUUACAUCAAACUGUCUUUGAUGUCAAUGCUGGAAAAGCAGUACCUCUACGAAAAUGGGAAUCUGCAGCUCCAGCAGUGGAAUUGCAGCUACUGUGUGGAAAGUAUCCUUUAAUCAAUAAAUUGUAUUGUUCACAUGUGUUUGUGAUGAUGUAUGAUUUUGACAUUUUGUGCAGGUUUCCUUAACAUUAGAUUUAAGAUUACUGACUGAUGAGUUCUCACAGGAACUGGCUGUUGGGAAUAUUCAUACGACCACUCGCAUGAAAGUCAAUAGCCAUUCCCUACAUGCUAAUGAUAAACAGGUAAAGGUGAAAUACUUUUGAGAGAUUUACGAACAAAUGUUAGUGACUGACCUAACAGAAAUUUUACUUGCCAUUGUUCUAGGUUCGUGAUGAUACAUUGCAUAGUCAACAAGAAGCAUCUGCUACAACAAAUGGUAAAUUCUAAGGAUCUGUAAUAUCAGUUGAGGGAGAAUUACUACUUUGCUAUGCAUGUUACAGUUUGGUUAUGGAAUGUUUGUUUUAGGUCAUAUUACUAAUACACUUUUCUGACGAUGUAAGAAAAAUUCACCAGAAAUGUCUAUUAUUUAGGUUGUGUAUUCUCUUUCCCUGUUAGUAAUUCUCAGUUUAAGAGGCCUCUGUCUAACAAGGCCUCAAUAAAUUAAAGGAGGCCUCUGAAUAUAAUUUAAAGGUAAAUUGUUCAUAGACAGAUUUUCUGGGGGUGCUAACCCCCCAAUAUUAGCUAUAACCCCCCCCCAAACAAAUUGUCCACCCCUCCAAAAAAAAUUUCACCCCCUCCCCCCAAUAUUCUGCACAAUAAAUAAAUAAUUAAAUAGUCCACUCCAACGUGCAGAGUGUUGAUGAUACAAAAUAAACGUAGGAGUACACUUGAACAGAAAAAGACAGUGUAACACUCUGAAACUAAUCGCUCCUCACUUGCAUUCACUGGUGUAUUGGAGCAAUUGUAAAGUUUUGAAACUCUAUUAUCUUCCCCUAAUAGAGUUUGCAGUGCCUUGUCAUGCGAAGAGCUUGCACGCAAGGAACGUUUGGAAUUUUUGCGAACACUAUUUUUAGUUUUUAAUUCUUUUAGGAAAUAGACUUGUCUAGAUUUAAUCUUUACACCCCAAAUAUUAUUUACAUCGGAGUUGCAUCAUAAAUUGUUCUCGGACUCAAACAACACAAUGUCAAUGCCUUUAUAAAAGUAAAAGCAUAUUGUGUAUUGGCCUAUUGGGUUUACACUUUUACAGGUUCAUUUAACUGUAAGUCUUAAACUCUCUCAAGUCUCAACAGACAAUCAGACAUGCCAAAUCCAUUGAUAUGACAAAUUGACAACUUCAAAAAACUUUUUUUUCGAAGAAAUCAUGAGUUUUUUCAAAUUUUUCCUGGGAUACUUUGUUUUCUGCUCUCUAGACUCCCCCUCGUGGCUCUAGUGCUCCACCCCUAGAAUAUAGACCUUAUUGGGGUUUGGUGACACUUUGUGUUGCUUCAGUCACCUGCUCACGGCUCACCCCCCUAAAAUUUCUGGCACCACCCCAGUAAUAAAUAUGAAAAUCUGUCUAUGAAAUUGUUACUUUUUCCUAACACAAAGUUAUUUUACAUUCUUUUCAAGCACAAGACAUACGUGAAGUCCACAUAACCACUGUUGAAAGAGUGUCUUUUCCCUAUGUGAUACCAAACUUUCCAGUCUUGACAGUUGAUCUAAUCAAGGUGAAAUUUGUCUUGAAUGGUAAGGAAUGUCAAGGUUUGAUUAAUGCAAAAGAGCAUUCAAAUGCAAGACCUGGUAUAUAUAUGUGCACAUCACAUUGUGACAUAAUGAUUGAUGAGAUGAAUUAUGUAGUGCUUUGGCAGCUAGACAGUUACAAGCCAUUUCACGAACCUGUUGAGCAUCAGCCAACUCAGCCAAGACCAAGUGGCAGAGAUGAUGAAGAGACAGUACAUUGUCUGCCCUUUAAAGUCGUUGGAACAUGUUACUCAUCAUCAAGACAAAAAGCUCUUGAAAGAGCGUAUGAUUUCCUCCAUGUUUACAACAGACCAGUUUUUGCUAAAAUAGUGGCAGAGCCAGAUAACCAUGUAGACAAAAAUGCCAUUGCUGUGUAUGUAAUGACAGAAGACGAAUAUGAAAAAGUUGGUUACAUCCCAAGAGAACUGACUACGUACUUGCAUGGCCCGUUAAAAGAGUCGGCACUGGAUGUUUCAGUGAAGCAUGUGCGGUUAUGUGUACGAUAUUUAUUAGCAGGAUAUUACAUAACUCUAAAUAUUUCCAAGAAAGGUGUUUGGAAUAAUUUUGUUAUCCAAGCUAGCUUUAAAGUAGAUUAAAUGACUAGCAGUUAAUUAAAAUAUAUAAGCUUACAAUGCCAAUGGUAGAUCGACUUCUUCAAUCAAAUGUACACAGUAUGUACUAGAUUAAUUAAGCCGAAUUGUAUAUUAAAUGUCGAGUAAUUACGACAACAGUAUAAGCACGCGAAAAUAGAUUCCGAUAUUAAUAAAAUAAUCUCCCUUAAAAGCUAUGUUUACACACAACGAACAACGGUUGAUCGGGCCUUUUUCACGUUUUGCGAAAUUGUAAUGACAAAUGUUGCCAGUUAAUCAUUCGCGGUGUGUAAACGUACCUUACACACUCAGGCAGUGUGAUACGUCUGACACAGGCAUAGUGCAUAUUAAACACUUUUGGGGGAAAAUUGGUUCUCUUCAUUGCAUGCAGUAUUGACAAUGUUACAGUAAAUGUGGAGGCAACUCCACAGGUGCCCUGUGAAACUUUGCCCUUGCUGUUAAUUGUCCUUUCUGCGAAAGAGAUGCUCGAUUUGGCACAAAUACGCCUGGAUCUCCCCUACGUGACAACUUCACUUGGUCAAGUCUCUCUACAGCAUCUUUCUUUGUUGGCUCAUUGAAAGAUGGUAAGUCAAAAUCAGUGUAGCGGUCUUUGGCCCCUGUCCAGUAAAAAAACUUUAAAUCUGGGUCGAUCCUUUUGUUGAAUUCAUUCAAUAUCUUUGCUUGUGCUUCAUGGAAUUGUUUCAGGUCAAAGAUAUCCCCCAACAUUUCAUGAAGUAGCGAAAACAUGCCUUCGACGUCAUCAGUUGCGGAAGCUCGUGGAUGCUCCGGAGGAAGUUGUCUUGAUAUAUACUCUAUUCUACGCAGUUCUCUGCUUUCAAG